AUGGGUGCCCAGAAGUUGGCCUACAUACAUAUUCAGAAAUGUUUCACCACCUGAGACCUUUGAAGAGGUUGUGUCUCCGAAGAAUGUGUCCGCACUCCUUCCUGUGCUCCAGAGCGCUGUCCGGGGCAGAAGCCCUCAACGCCCUCAGGCCGUUCUACUUCGCCGUGCACCCGGACUUCUUCGGGCGACACCCCAGGGAAAGGGAAGUCAAUGAAAAUUCUCUUAAGAGAUUAAGUGCCUACUUGGAAAACCUCCAGAAACCAGGCUUCAAGUCCUUGAAACCCACCCAGCUUACGUUUUAUAUAAGAGAAACAGACCAGAAUCUCUCCGAGGGCCAGGAGCCCCUUAGUACUUCUGGAUUUCGAGCAGUCAAAUUUACUUUGCACACCAGAGAUCUGCUAAGCACAGUAUUGUAUAUUCUCAACUCCUGCAGUUUAUCUGUUGAACAUGUCCAAAGCUUGAACACUCAUGUGCGCUCGCAGCCUCUCAAAGAAGCCAAGAGGACACCUGACAGGCCCAUCAAGUGGGACAAGUCCUACUACUCCUUCACUGGAUUCAAGGACCCUGAGCAAGACCUCGAGCAAGCCUCGAGAGUGGAAACAACCCUAACGUCCUGGUUAGAUAACAAUGGCAAAUACGCGGUUAAAAAGCUGAAGAAAAGUUUGCCUCUAAGGAAAGAACUGGAUCGUCUCAAAGAGGAACUCUCUCACCAGUUACAACUCUCUGAUAUCAGGUGGCAGAGGAGCUGGGGCAUUGCCCACCGCUGUGGCCAACUGCACAGUCUGGGCCGCCUGGCACAGCAGAAUUUGGAAACACUCAAAAAAGCAAAAGGCUGCACCGUCGUAUUCACUGACCGCUCCGGCAUGAGCGCAGUGGGCCACGUGAUGCUAGGAACCAUGGAUGUCCACCACCACUGGACGAAGCUCUUUGAAAGACUGCCAAGCUAUUUUGACCUUCAGAGGCGGCUGAUGCUUCUAGAAGACCAAAUAAGCUACCUUUUAGGUGGCAUUCAAGUCGUCUGCACUGAAGAGCUUCAGCCGGUGCUGACACUGGAGGAAUACUACUCCGUUCUCGACGUGUUCUAUAACAGAUUACUGAAAAGCAGAGUUCCCUUCCACCCGCGCAGCCUCCGAGGGCUGCAGAUGAUCCUCAGCAGUGACAGAUAUGCUCCAAGCCUGCAUGAACUUGGACAUUUUAACAUCCCGAUACUCUGCGACCCAGCCAAUCUCCAGUGGUUCAUCCUCACCAAAGCCCAGCAGGCAAGAGAGAACAUGAAAAGAAAGGAAGAGCUGAAGAGCGCUGAACGUGAGCUGGUGGAGGCUUUGACCAGGAAGUUUGCCCUGGAGAAGGUGUACAAGGAGCCCAGCAUCUCGAGCGCGCAGAUGGUGGACUGCUGCAGGAGGCUGCUGCGCCAGUCGCUGCCUGGCCUGCACGGGAUGCACCUGUGCGUCUCUCACUUCUACUCGGUCAUGCAAGACGGAGACCUCUGUAUCCCUUGGAACUGGAAGGACGGAGAAGCCAUUGAGUAACACAGGAGGCUGUUUUGUUAUUUUUUUUUUUAAGCCAUAAGAAACUGUACCAUCAAGCCUAUUUAAAUCCAGUUUGAUACAGCAGUAUUAUUGACGUAUUACAAAAAUGAAGUUUCUAGCUGCUGCUUUGAAGAUAGACCUUUUUUUUUAAAUUAAUUUCUGCUAAAAAAAAGCCUGUUUUGAAAAGAUUUUAUCUUGUAGUUUUAUAAGGAUUGACAAAACCUGUGUGAAAAGAGGGUAGGAGUGGAAGAGCAUAUUUUUAGAGAUAUGUAAAUGAAGAGUCCUACAAUAGUCUAUUUUUAUAAGUGAGGCUGGACGUGUGUGUGUGAGAGAGAGCGAGCAUGGAAGAACGACUCUUACCCAGCUCUGAAGCAGGGGCCGCCUUCGCUGUGUGUGCGAGUCAGCACUCCCCUCUGGAGGCACAUCUCAGCUGCAGGUGCACGCACGUGCUUCACGGCCAGCGGGGGGCAGCGCAUGUCCAGAAACAGUGGUCCUAAGUUCCAAAACUCAGACAGCCGGAUUCUGCCUCAGAGAAAAAGGAAAGCGGUCAGUGGAGUAUCUGGUACCGACAUUGCAGUGUGAUGCCAGUGUGUUCAGUGACCUUGGGGGCUGGGACUGUAGUUUCCCAGGGCAGGCAGAGCCAAGGGUGCAGCGGUUGGCACUGGUCAGGGUUUAUGUUACCCUCCCAGUCUUCCUGUCCCUCCCUCCAUUUGAGGUCCCUCGUUGGCUACAGCCCCCUCACGUCUCCCCUCACCCCAUCACUGGCUUGCGGUGUCCACAGCAGAGCUGUGAGGCCAGAUGUCU